AGGUUGUGUUUUAGGGCUUUGGAGGCCGCGGUGGCGGCAGCUGCUACUUUGGAGGUGGUUGCGGAGCUACGAUGAACGCCCCUCCCGCCUUUGAGUCGUUCCUGCUCUUCGAGGGCGAGAAGAAGAUCACCAUUAACAAGGACACCAAGGUGCCCAAUGCCUGUCUGUUCACCAUCAACAAAGAAGACCACACCCUGGGAAACAUCAUUAAAUCACAGCUGCUGAAGGACCCACAGGUGCUGUUUGCUGGCUACAAAGUCCCCCACCCCUUGGAGCACAAGAUAAUCAUCCGCGUGCAGACCACACCAGACUACAGCCCCCAGGAGGCCUUCACCAAUGCCAUCACAGACCUCAUCAGCGAGCUCUCCCUGCUGGAGGAGCGAUUCCGGGUGGCCAUCAAAGACAAGCAAGAAGGGAUCGAAUAGUGGGCUGGAAGGAGUCUCGCUUGGCCAGUUCCUAUCCUGCACUGGGCCUUCUCCCGGCGCCAGGUGGAGAGCAGCUCCUCCCAGCUGUGGGCCUCCUUGUAGAAACCCCAGUGAGCCCCUCACCCCCGACACCCACGUGUCCUGUACAUAGAUUGUUUUAUCUUCCUAAUAAAGUGUGGCAGGGAAAAGA